AUGAUGCAAGUGUACAAGGUGCUGGAAGUGGUCGGCGAGGGGUCGUUUGGGCGCGUGUUCAAGGCCAGGAAUCGUGAGACGCACACCAACGUUGCCCUCAAGCUGAUCCGGAAGGCAAGUGGUUUCCAUUUCCUCUCCGACCAAUGUAGUGCCUCAACGUCUCUCUUCCCUCACGGGGCCAGGCGGGUCGGAGCGAGAAAGAGCUGGAGAGUCUGCGAAGCGAGUGCUGCAUCCUGCAAGGUCUGCGGCACCCCAACAUCAUCUCUGUCACAGCCUGUUUUGAGACGAAUUCGGAGGCAAGUAGUUGUCGUGAUGGAGUUGGCGGCAGGGGAGCUGUUUGCCACGAUCGGCACCGGCAGCCAGUUGUCGCGGGAGAACAUGCUGCAGGUGACUUGCGACCUGUUGUCAGCGCUGUAUUACCUCCACUCGCAGCGCAUCUUGCACAGGGACAUCAAGCCGCAGAACAUCCUGCUUGGGUCAGAUGGACGCGUGAAGCUGUGUGACUUUGGCUUCGCGCGUGUCAUGAACAGGGACACGUAUCUGCUCACGUCCAUCAAGGGCACUCCGUUAUAUAUGGCCCCCGAGAUUAUCGAGGAGAAGCCGUACGACCACGCCGCCGAUCUGUGGUCUCUGGGCUGCAUACUGUACGAAUUGGUGACGGGCAGUCCUCUCUUCAACACUACAAGCAUAGUAGACCUCGUGAAAAAGGUGCGGACGGAGCCCGUGCGGUUCCCGGCAUCGGACGCACUGUAUCCCGAAUGCGAGUCCUUCCUCAAUGGAUUGCUGCAAAAGGACCCACGGAAGCGACUCACGUGGCCCGCCAUCCUAGAGCACGACUUCAUCCGCGACAAGCUGGACCUGCACGUGCCGGAAGGCUCGGCCGGACGCCUGGCCCCUCCACUCACUGAUGCCUUGUCGGUGUCGCAGGAGCGCCGGCGGGAGGAGCAGCGCCAAGACCUGGAAGCGAAAGCGGCGAGAGUCGGCGGAACUGAAGGCCAAUUGUUGCUGGUCCGCACUGUGCACCAUCUGGAGGUGGAGAAGCAGCGAAAGAUGAAUGAAGCCUUGUUGGUGAUGGAGGCGGCCCGUCGGCACCGUGUAUGUCCCGCGCGGCAGUCUGAGCCCGACCACCGUCAGCGACCCGAAGAGGCGCGGGUGGAGCAGGGCCACGUGGAGGCUGACGAUGUGGAGGAUGUAGCAAUCAGGACGAGAGCGAGACGCCGGGAGAGUCUCAUCACCGACAUCGUGCCAUUUGAAGACGCCAUCAGACAGUUUGCAGGUCUCGUUGAAGGAAAGGAAGCGGAAGAUGAAAGGGGGGAAACUGGUGUUGACGACGCGGCUGCACAAAGAAGAGGAGUAGAAAGCCACAACGACGACGGGGAAGACGACGACGACGAUGAGGAAGGAACAGUGUGCGGUGGGGAUGAUGGGCGGCUUGCCGUGUCGCCGAGUCGAAGCACAAGACAACGACUGCCGUUUCCGUUUGACGAGACACCUGCUGCGGUGCAGAGGGCCGAGUGGGAGCGAUUUGUCCGCGGCGCUGUUGCAGAGCUCGCCGCCGAACCGCUGCGAUGGCGGGUGGAUGUGGCGACCGUUACGUCGCUGCUCGUGCCGCUGAGAUCGGCAAGAGUCGACUCGGUCGUCAUCCUGGGCAUUGCCAGGGUACUCUGUGCCAUCCUGCACCGUCGUUUGUCAACGUUUGAGGAAAACAAUGUCAAUGUGACGAAGAAACUGUUGGAAGCGGGAACAGUGGGGAAUUUGUUGUCGGGCAUCUCGAGGAUUUGUCGCGCUGCUGGCGGCGCUCCGAGCAGUGAGGACGUAGCGGCCGUCGUGGUCCUGUUCGAGCUCUUGUCCACUUUACUGUUUGCGGAUGACGAGGAAGUCGAGCUUCACACGGAAAGUUCGUCAACGCUGUCCAGUGUCAGUCAGUUGCUGCUCGUUUGGCGUCAUUUGUGCGGGUCGGCCCUGGAUGUGUUCGAUUGCUGGGGCCAGUGCUGCAAGUGGGAUUCGUUCCCAGAGCGCGGACUGUCCUCGAUGCUGUCCAUCCUGGGCCAGCUCUGGAUGAUGGGUACGUGCGACGACCCUCAUUACCAACUCCAACUUCGACUAGACAUUUCCCGCGUCUUUGACUCCACAAAAGAAAACCUGUUUGCCAUGGUGAACAGCUUGGUGGCGAACGAGGCUGAAAUAGAAGCUGCCUCACUGAGACGGGACAAGGGUAGCGGAGAGGCUUUGAUCCACGCCGUCUGUUUGCUCAUGAUGAUGCUACGAGAUGGCGACGAGGGCAUUUACGACAACCCGGAAAUUGAGGAAAAAUUGCGCACUCUUGCUGUCCUUCGUGGCACGGAUGCGGCAUCUGGCAUGCUUCGUCGGACCGGCCAGUGCGGCAACCAGAUCGGCUCCAAGUUUUGGGAAAUCAUCAGCGAUGAGCACGGAAUCGACCCCACCGGCAAUUACCAGGGCGAUUCUGACCUGCAACUCGAGCGCAUCUCUGUCUAUUACAAUGAAGCUGGCGGAGGCAAGCGCAUCUGCGAAAUCGGAAGCGGGGGGAGGGACAGACAGACAGAGAGCGAGCUAGCUAGCUGUAGCGAUAGGGACAAGAGAGGAGCCGAAAUGGGCAUUCUCUCGAGGUGCGCUUGGGGAAUGAUGCUGCGCGUGAAUCGGCAACCUACGCUUGGUAGUCAGCAGCAGGUGUCGAGAAUCGACAGUUGGAGUGUCCGAGGUUUCAGGAAGCUGCGGUUGGAGAGCGGUGGGAAUGGCAGGAAGCAGUCGUCCCUGUCACCGCUCGACAUGGUGGAGCCGGGUGGACCCGUGUCGCCGGACACGGUGUGGAGAGCGACGGUGUUCGCAGGUUCCAUGUGCGUCUCUUGCUUUGUCGGCUCGGUCAUCUGGCAGUACGAGGCCAGCAGGAGGAAAAGAGCAAUGACAGCAAGCAGAGAACAAGGUCGUUAUGAGUUGCAACGUCCCAAGGCGGGCGAGUUGCGACGGCGUAUGAACGCGCUGUGGAGCCGGCUGAGUCCCGGCGAGAAGGCCUUCGUGCCGAUCUGCGUGGCCAACGUGCUGGUUUGGUGCGCGUGGCGGGUGCCGUCCCUGAGGCCCGUCAUGCUCCGCUACUUCACUGCGAGUCCCUCUUCGCCGUCCGUGGUGCCCAUGCUCUUGUCUGCCUUCAGCCACUACUCCUUCCUGCACCUCUUUGUCAACAUGUACGUGUUGCGGAGUUUUUCCAACUCGGCCGUGAGUUCGAUGGGACGUGAGCAGUUCUACGGCUUCUACCUUAGUGCCGGGGUUGUGUCGUCGUGGACGUCACACAUGUAUAAGAUUUUCACGGGCAUCGCCGGCAUGUCGCUGGGCGCUUCUGGUGCAAUCAUGGGAGUGGUUGGUUAUGUGUGCACCAUGCACCCGGACGUGCGGCUAGCCAUCAUUUUCCUGCCACAGUGGACUUUUUCAGCAGACCAGGCCAUUAAGGCCGUGUUGAUGUUUGACACGUGCGGAGCCGUCAUGAAGUGGACCGUGUUUGACCAUGCGGCGCAUUUGGGCGGAACCAUGUUUGGCAUAAUGUACGCCUAUUUCGGGCCGCAAUUGGCCAGCAGACGAGAACGUCUCAUGAGCUCGUGGCACUCGUUCCGCACUGGCUUCGAUGGAAGGGCCUCACGACUGCCUCGUCUGGCCACCCGCGCAAGAGGAGACGGCGUGUUCCUCCUGGUGGUGUUUUUCUUUGUUCCCGGCUGGAUGAAGGGAGUGCGCCGAUGGAUGGAUGGCUGGCUGCCUUCCUUCCUUAUCAGCUGUUCGUGCCUGCCUCUAUCUGUCCGUGCCAAUAUGGACGACAGCUGUGUUCAAGUGAGUGACUCUGGGGUGGAGAAGGGAAGAGUCGUCGUUAACGCGCAUGCGGUUGAUGUGCAAAUCCUCCGGCGCUCGGGUCGAGUUGGGGUGGAUGCUCUGCGGUCCGACGUGUUGAAUCGAGAGCAGAGGCACGUCAGGUAUGUUAUUCGCCCACCGCUCUACCUUAUGGCUGAACAAGAACAGAUAAGGGUGAGGAAAAACCUGAAAGGUUUGCAAGAUCACCCGUCUGCUCGAGCUUCAGCACCGUCAACCGAAACUCCAGGACCGUCAACAAGCAGGAGGAGGGGCUCGAGUGGCGAAACACUCGGAUUAUCGCGGAAACGAGCGUUGUCAGUCAAGAGUCGCGGACGUCCAAGAAAAACGAGUGGUAGUGGCAGCAAAAGAGGGGUCAAGCGAAGUGGACCAAACUGUGCGGACGGAGACGAAGGAGAGCAAGGCAGCGAAGAAGAGGAAGUGCAGCAAGAGGGGAGGGAACAGAAUACGUGUGAACAGCUGCCAAGGACAGCGUGUGGCUACCGACGACGUGGGAAGAAGAAGCAGCGGAUAACCGAACACAGAAACACCGACGACCUCGGCUGUGAAACUGCAGAGGAUCUAGAACGAGUGGUGGUGGAGGAGGAGGAGGAGGAUUGUCGAUAUCCGCUGAGAGGGCGGUUGGCCACCCGGGCGCGGAAGGUAGAGGCGGCAACGGCGGUGGUGGUGGGGGGGAACAGUAGUUUCAGUGAGGAAGCAGCGAUCAGGCCGUUACGCAAGCGCUCCCGGCGUUCCGACAGCUGCAGCGGCGGCGGUGUCAAAAGCAAGCAGAAACCCAAAACUUCGCCCGGUAAACGGUCCAGGAGGAGGGCCCCUUCCUCCUCCUCCGUCACCACGGGUACUUGUGCAAGUUCCAGCCGGGGUCGGUCGUCCCGUGGUAGUGCGGGCGUUGCCGUAGCCACCACUAGUAGCGGCGGAGCUGCUGGUGCGGCGACCGGUUCUUCGGGGGACAGCCGAGGACACUCUGCUCAGCAGCAGCAGCAACUGCUUCAAGUUCAACCGGGAGCAGGUGUACUCGUUGCGUCUGCGUCUGACGUGGCCGGGCCUUCGACGAGCGGCGUCCUGAUGGCGGGCGCGGCUGCGUCGAGCUCGGGGCUCGGUAGUCUGUUUUCCGCUGCCGCAGCAGCUGCUGCUGCGGCCGGCAAUGGAGGAGGUGGUAAUGCGACCAGUAGUAGUAGUGGUGGCGGCGGCGGCAGCAGCAGCAGUAAUGGAAAUAACGAAGAGUCGGACAUGGGACGCUUGCAGGCACUACUUGAGUCACGUGGAGUGCCGGCUCAUCUCUUUGGGUCGCUGGCGCCACGAGUGCAGAACCUGAUUCAGCGCAGCAUCGGCUCAUCGUCGACCGGGUCCAAGGCUCACCAACUGUUGUCGUCGCUGCAGGGCACGACGGACCAGAGCAUCCAGCUGCAGGUGCUGAUUGAGCUCUGCCAGCUGCUCGUCAUGGGCAAUGAGGAGACGCUGAGUGGGUUCCCGGUCAAGCAAGCUGUGCCGACACUCACGACCCUACUGAAUAUUGAGCACAACUUCGAGAUUAUGCACUAUGCGUGUCGCGCCCUCACCUACAUGAUGGAGGCCCUCCCGAGGUCCAGCUCGUAUGUGGUCGAGGCCAUUCCGUCGUUUCUCGAGAAAGUGCAGGUUAUUCAGUGCAUGGACGUGGCGGAGCAGAGCCUCUCCGCAUUGGACACGCUGUCACGGAAACACGCCAAGGCCAUAUUGAAUGCGAAGGGCGUCUCUGCUUGUCUCAUGCAUCUCGACUUCUUCUCCAUCAAUGCUCAGCGACGCGCAUUGAACAUCGCAGCCAACUGCUGCCAGGUUUUGCAGGCCGGCGACUUCGGACUCGUGGCCGACUCACUUGGCCUGUUGGAGACCCGACUAGCUCAUCAGGACCGGCGCAGCGUGGAAAGCGUGUGUUUGGGCCUGAGUCGCCUCGUGGACAAUUGCCAAGCGGAUGCGGGGAUCUUGCGUCGUCUGGCGUCCCGAGCGCUGCUCAAGAACCUGCAGCAGCUCCUCGUCGUGUCGCCGCCAGUCGUGUCGAGCGGAACUUUCAUCACCGUCAUCCGUCUCUUGGCAGUCAUAUGCGGCGCCUGCUCUCCGGUCGCUGUCGACUUACUGCAGGAGAACAUCGUGGACACGCUGUCGUACUUGCUCACGGGCAGCGGGAGUCAGAAGAGUAGCAACGAAGAGAUUGAGCUGUUGUCGAGAAGCCCGCAGGAGCUGUUUGAGAUCGUGUCGUUGAUUGCGGAAUUGAUGCCUACGCUGCCGACGACGGAGCCACUGUUUCACGUGGACCCGCUGAUGGUGAAACCCGUUGCAACCAUGACGAGGAUGGCUGCGACGUCGCAUGGUGGGGUAGGAGCAGUAGCAGCAGCGGCGGCGAAUAGUAGUGUUCCGCUGGGGACGGCGGCGACGUCGACGUCUGCAACAGCUUUGACGACGAAUCGGUUAUGCAUCCCACCCCCAACCCUUCCUCCUGGCAUUAUCAUGACCGCAUCAAACGUGGCGGCGACUAACUCGAUUCCCACCGCAGCAACAACAACAACAACCAUGGCGGCGAUGACGAUGGAAGAUUCUGCGUCAAGUUCGGAUCUUCCCCGCCGCACUUCCUCAUGUUCAGCGUCGUCUUCAUCGUCGUCGUCUCGGUCACCCGCUGCUGUCACUUGGCAGUGGCGGGACGACGGCGGUUUUUGGCGCGACUACUCUGCCGUCGACUCGAGCACCCUGGAGGACGCGUACCUUCAGGGCGAGGACGAGAUCAGUCUCAACACGCUGGGCACGACUUUCACAGUGGACUUGCAAGCCAUGCAGCUGAUGAACGAGGAUACAGGCUCGACGAGGAGCAUUUUGCGGAGACGGCGACGACGACGCCGAGGAGGAGGAGGCGGCAGGGGCCGAACGGAUCCGGAGGAGCCACUCUUUCAAAGGCAUGUAGCCGGCGGAGAGGAGGAGGAUGAGGAAGGAAAUGGAAGUGGCAGCGGCGGCGAAUUGGAGUCGGCCGAGGAUGCUCGAGCCAAACUCUUGGUGGAGGACAAGGAGCUUGCCACUCGAUUUGUCAAGGCCCUGUUUGGAGUUGUGUAUCAAGUUUACUCAUCUUCGGCCGGGCCAGCGGUGCGGCAAAAGUGCCUGCGGGCCUUGCUCCGAAUGGUGUACUUCGCGAGUCCAGAUUUGCUGCAGGACGUGCUGAAACCGCAGGAGGUUUCGAGCCAGCUGGCUGGCAUGCUUUCAUCCACGGACCUCAAGGUGGUCGUGGGCGCUCUUCAGCUCGCGUCCAUCUUCCUCAACAAGUUGCCCCGGGUGUUCGGCGUUCAUUUCCGGCGCGAAGGCGUGCUGCACCGCGUUCACGCGUUGGCCGAGGGCCAAGGACUGAGUCUCGGCACCACUAUUACUACUGCUAUGAGCUGCGUCAACGGUGGUGGUGGUCUGCGGGAGCCGCCUGCCUCUACGUCGACGUCUCUGUUACUUCCGCCUUUCCCACCGCCGAUCUCAAUGGCGAAUGUUGUGGGCACACCGGCAGUACCUGCCAACACUAUCACCAACACGGGUUUUACUCCUGCGACGACGUCGUCUUCGUCUUCCUCCUCGUCUUCGGGGAAGAGGGCGAAGAAGCGUGGCUCGCCGUCGUGUGCGGUGGGUGGCGUCCUCGCUGCCCGCAAUGGGCAUGAAAUGUUGGACGGCCAUGCAGCGCUGCAUGCUGUGUCGGUUGUGGUGCCACCGCCGAUGGAGAACUUGUCGCCGUACUAUUUUGCGGGGUAUCAGCAUCAGCCGCCAGCACCGAACUCAUUUCCGAGUGUAGGAGGAGGAGCGGCAGCAGGUGCUGGUGGAGGAGGACACAGUCAUGUCCACCCUCCGCCGGCGUACCCGCAGGACUUGUCCUCCGCGCAGACGUCGUUCAUUAAUGGCAGUGGACAGGCUGAAGUCGGCGGAUUGUUUGUGGGUGGAUCUGCGCCGUCGCUUGUCAUCUCUGGCCCGUCGGCGACUCGCCACUCGAGUUGUGCCCCUGUGUUCGCCGCUCAAAACGUCAGAGGGGGAGGGAUGGUGAGUUCGAGCGACGUGACGCCGGUGUUGAGUGCAGCGUCGUGGUUGCCACCAGUAGCGAGCACCUCUCCUGGCUCGGGUUCUGGAUCCACCUUCUCCACGGGUUUCUUUUCGCGGUUGAACCCAAACCGAUGGGGUAGCAGUCGUUCUGGAGCUAGUCAUCACCAUCCCCAUCAUCAUCAUUCCGCGCUGCAGCAGCAGAGCAACGGUUCCUCCACUUCCUCUUCUUGUUCGCCGCUUAUUCCGACGGUCGUGGGGGGGAGUAGGCCGGCUGCUUCCACCACUACCACCACCACCACCGGCAUGAUGUCUUCCUCAGCUGCGGCCAGAGCCUUACCGGGUGUUGCUGCGGGUCAACAGCAUCAUCAUGUUAAUAAUCACCAUCAUCAUCCUCCUCCCCACCACCUCCACCACGGUCAUCCCCCUACCCCUCCUCCACCACCUCCCCCUCCACCGCCACCACCAUCGGGACCUGGGGUAGCAUACGCUAACAACGGUUCGUCGUGUGGGACCUCGGGGCUGAAUGCCGUGGCCGCCACGAAAGCCAAGAUCUCCUAUUGGAUCAUGACGCGUGCUCGAGAGCUGGAGAAGGAGUACGAGAUGUUGACAGGAACCGACGGUGUUGAGCAGAAUAAGCAGCAACAGCAGCAGCUGCUGGACCGCGAUGCCGUCUUGCGCGCUUUGGACGGCUUUUGGAAAAGCGGCGUGAACUUCAAGGCGGAAAUUGUCGUUUCGCUGGCCCAGGCGGGAGAUAUCUUGUCGUGGCUGUCGUCGGCAGUGCGGGACUUGAAGGCAGCCAGCACAGAAAACCAGUGCAUUGUGGCGUUGAAGGAAGUGUGCGCCAUUGUGAAAUCCUUCAACAUCUCGCCAUUUGAGAUGACGCACUCGGAGCUGUUGCCUGUUCUUCUCACGUUCUUGACGGCAGAUGAUGAUAGGUGUCACAAACCAGUGGCGGAUCAAAUCCUUUCUGGGUCCGGCAUGGCGGAAAAGGACCACAGGAAUGAGCGGAAGCGGCCUGCACGAGGAGGCGUGACGGUCAAUUGCGGUGCUGGGAGCGUGAGCAUUUCCCUCAUCAACAACAACAACAGCAGCAGCAGCAAUAUGAAUGCGAGAGAGAAGGACCGUGUGGAUGUGACGAAAUGUACGUCAGGCGCAGGUGCUCGAAUGCCGUCGCGAAUGACGCGAAUGCGCAUCUUUGCCCACGUUUUCAUGGGCUGCUCGCUGGAUCCUUUGUCGUCCAAGUCGGCGGAUCGAGAGACGGAGUUACUGUCGUGCCUCGUUCCGAAGCUGAUUGGGUGUCUGCACCAGGCCGAGCAGUUUGCCAUGCGUGUGCACGACUGGCCCGGCUCGAGCAGCCAGCAACGCAUGUCGGGCGCUGCAGCCAUACGCUUUUUCAAUACGCACCAGUUCAAGUGCAAUUUGCAACGACAUCCGGACUGUAGCACGCUGCGCAAAUGGCGCGCCGGGCCCGUGAAAAUUGACCCACUCGCCACCGUGUCGACGGUCGAGCAGUAUAUGGUGUCCAAGGGGUAUGGACGGCAGCGGACUGGCGGCUAUCCGGAAGACGCGGAAGACGGCGGGAACGUGGGCGCGUCGGGCAACAACGACGACGUUGACACGGACGAGGACGCGACGGACGACGAGCUGGACGAGACACUGGCGUCCAUGUCGCAGAGCGGUGCGAGGCACAAGGUGGAGUUCCUCAUCAACGGCCACGUCCUGCCGUUCAACAUGACCAUGUACCAGGCGGUGCGCCAGUACAGCUCUGGCGCCGCGCAGUCCACGGCCUCGGCCAUGUGGUCGUCGCAGCAGAACGCGGCGUACUACUCUUCCGAGACGGACACGGAUUCGGAGACGCCGUUGGGUGGCUCGAAUAUUUGGACGCAGACGCACCUAAUCUACUACCGGCCGCACACGGACCCGGACCCACCGUCGUCGUCUUCAUCAUCCCUACACCCGCAUGCGGCAUCGACGGCGUCGUUGACUUCGGAGCCGCUGCAGUCUAGCGGCUCGGCCGCGGCCAAUGUUGUAGCGGGCUUCUUGUCGGGACGGUGCAACAAGGGAUCCCGGGCUGCAUCAGCCGGCAAGGGGAAGAGUAAGGGCAAGGGAGUCGGGGCUGCCGGUGGUGGUUGUGGAGGAGCCGCGGCGACUGCAGAAGCCCUUUGGCAGGCUGGCGUCGUUGCCGACUACGUUUCUCCGUUGAGUCGUAUCCCCGCCGACGGACGCCUGCCUUCCUACGUGGCUGUGACGGACCCAUCCUUGUCGGUCCUAGCCCUCUUGCGGGCCGUGUAUCUCAUUAAUCGGUACUGGGGUGACCUCUACAAUGUUGGCCACUAUGAACCUGUGAUUUCUCCGAGUGAAUUCAUCAGCAGCAAGUUGACGGCAAAGGCGAAUCGACAGUUGCAGGACCCCCUCGUCAUCAUUACGGGCACUGUGCCGCCCUGGUUGCAUCAGAUUGCGCAGGCCUGUCCGUUUGCGUUUCCGUUCGAGACGCGUCAGUUGCUGUUCUACGCCGUUACCUUUGACCGAGACCGUGCCAUGCAGCGCCUCAUGAAGGUGCAGCCAGAAUUGAGCCAGGGGGAAAGUGCAGACCGAGUGACGCCGCGUCCGGACAAGCGCAAGCGGCGCGUGAACCGCGACGAGUUGCUGAAGCACGCGGAGGCGGUGAUGAACGACCUGGCUGGAUCUCGGGCCUUGUUGGAGAUCGAGUUCGAGCACGAAGUCGGCUUCGGCCUGGGCCCCACUCUGGAAUUUUACACGCUUGUAUCGCGGGAACUCCAGAGGUUCGACUUGGACCUGUGGCGCGGAGACUGUGGGCCAGCCCAGGUGUCUCACGUGGGCCACGGCCAAGCUGGGGCAGGAGGAGGUGGCGGCGGUGGUGUCGGUGGCAGCCUAGGGCUAGGGUCGUCGUCGAGCAGCAAGAAGGACAAGGAAGCGGCGUUGAUCCGCUACGUGGCUGUGCCGGGCGGCAACAGUGGACUCUUCCCGCUGCCGAUGGGCCGGAGCGCCAAGCUGAGUGGGCCAGCGAAGCAGAAGCUGGACCUGCCUCUGAGUGUGCUGGUUUUCAAGUGGCUGCAAGGGGACACGAUGUGUGCCACGACACUGCCGCCGUUGCUGGGUGCGGGAUUGUCGAAUAGCUGUCCAUCGUCCUCUGCGGCGGCGACGUCGUCGUCUUCGUGUGGUGCGGGCUCUAGUGGGGGAGCGGCAUCUCGUGGCAAGCUGAAGGGCUCGUCGUCGAGUAGUUCGGCAACUGCUGGCAAGUAUGUGGUGUCGGCAGACCCGCCGUCCUUCUCAGUGGCGGACAUGGCCAUCCUGGACCCCGACCUGGCCCGCACGUUUUACCAACUGCUGUCUGUGGUGCACCGUAUGGAGCGGCUGGAGGCGAGGAAGCGGGAGCGGAUGGCGGCUGCAGGCGAUCACAACGAGGACGAGUUGGCGGCCGACGAGGCCAUGGACCUGGACGCUGUGGCCGAGCUCGGACUGGACUUUACCCUACCGGGCCACCCGGGCAUUGAGCUGCGCAAGGGUGGCCGGGACAUGGCGGUCACGGCGCAGAAUCUCGGCAAUUAUUUGAAUUUGGUGAAGCAUUGGUGUCUGGUCGAGGGCGUUGGCAGACAGAUGGAGGCGCUGCGAGAGGGAUUCGAGUCGGUGCUGCCGACCAACUGUCUGAGCCUGUUCUUCCCAGAAGAAAUGGAGGUGUUGUGUUGCGGCACGGGCGGCGGACGGUGGGACCUGCGCACGUUGAUGGACUGUUGCCGACCGGACCACGGCUACACGCACGACUCGCGGGCCGUGCGCUGGUUUUUCGAGAUCCUCUCCACGUAUGAUCGGGAUGAGCAGCGUCAGUUUCUGCAAUUUGUCACUGGUUCACCCAGACUGCCGGUGGGAGGUUUCAAGAGUCUCUCUCCGCCCCUGACCAUUGUACGGUCCAUGGGUGUGAACGUGAACGCGGACGACAUGUUGCCGUCGGUCAUGACAUGCGCCAACUACCUGAAGCUGCCGGACUACUCGUCGGCCGACAUCAUGCGUGACAAGUUGCGGCUGGCGGCCUUGGAGGGCCAGUACGCUUUUCAUUUGUCUUGA